UUUGGAGCUGCCAUGGGUCUCGCGCCUGGAUUUACAAUCUUAAUCAUUCUGCCGGCCUUUCUUCACACGAGCGGCCUGUAUAUCGCCAGUAGCGUAGGUAGGUAAAUGUGGGACUUAUGUUUACAAUAUUUGCUGUUUCCAUACGCUUGGGGUCAAUUGGGUAGACGCAACCUUCUGUGCGCACUGUGCGCCCAACAGCAUAGCCUAGGCUAUAGUCUAUAGUUAUAUACAUACCCUAAAGCGUCCCUUUUCAACUUUGGCUUACUAGAUGGAUGUUGGUUCCCGAUACAUUUCCCCGAGAAUCGUCUUUCUCUGUGCUGUGUCAUAAGGGCAGGCAGUGUUGUGAAGUGUGCGUUUCUCUCUCCUCUCCUCAUCCCGGUGCUGACGCGGGCGCGCGGUUCAGCUUUUCGGACAGUCAGGGCAGGAGAAUUCACUUUGGCUUUGUGAAGGAUACAAGGUUUUUGCCAUGGAGUAACCUUAUCUGAUAAGGUGGAGAUCGCUGCUAUCGAUUUGGUCACAGGACAGAAGGGUCGGAUGUUAUUGAUUAGAAAUUAACAUAAUUCCCGUUAUAUUAGAGAAUAAUAAUAAUAAACAAUGCAGAAUAAUAUCAUUGCACAGUGCACACUUAGUAUCUGAUAUCACACAUGUUUUGCAAAAAACUUUUUUAUUUAGUGUCCAUGGGGAAAACAUAGCUUAUUGAAACAGGUUGAGCUGUUGUUGUAGGAUCAGACUGAUGAGAUCUUGAAGGAAUCAGGUGCCUGGUACCUCACCCUCAUCCAGGGCGGUUUCUAGCUUUUUGAGGGCCCUAAACCAGAUUUGGUGGAAUAGGGCAGAUAUUUUUUGUUUGUUUGUUUUAAAACACAUUUAAUGCGAUUCUACUCAUUUUGCCAUGGGGCAGAGAGAACUUUGCAGUUUUAAAGCUAAUAUUAUGCAGUUCUACACAUUUUGCCAUGGGAUGGAGAGAACAUUUAGCAGUUUUAAAGCAAAUUUCCUGUAAUUCUACACAUGUUGCCAUGGCUUAUGCCAUCUUCAUAUGAUAUCUGAGUGAGAGUGACUAACAAAAUCAAUGGGGCCCAUUGAGCAUGGCAGUUAACCCCCAACAACAACUGCUCUCCAGGCGCCGAUGACGUGGACGUCGGUUAAGGCAGCCCCACGUGCCUCUCUGAUUCAGAGGGGUUGGGUUAAAUGCGGAAGACACAUUUCAGUUGUAUGCAUUCCCCUUCCCCAUAGAGGUCAGGGCCUCUGGGCACGUGCCUUGAUCAGCCAUGAUUGCAACAAGGUUUAGAUAGCUGGCUAGACUACCUUACCAGCAAUCUAUAAAAUGUUAGCUGACAUGGGCUAAUUGAGUGACUGUCAGAGACUGACAUAACAACAGGAAAACUGCUGAUGCACAACCACAUUUCGAAAUUGCACCUUGUGUAUUCUACUAUUCUAACUCGCAACAGUAAGUUGAGUCCCUGACUGACUUCCUGAAAAAAGUGGGGCCCCUAGCGGCCACUUAUGUCACUUAUGCCUAGAAAUGACACUGCCCUCACCUGCUUAUUCCCACCACUGUUAGAUAACAAUAUCCAUUAUAGACACUCAUUAUGCCUAUAGUGAUUGAAACACCAUAUUUAUUAUCUGUGUAAAGAUAUCCAUUUAGAUAUUAAUAAUAAUAUUGAGUGAUAUUGAGAAGGACAGCAGAGGGUUAGUGCCACACUGAUAUGAUCUAGUGUUGUGGCUGUGAGUUGUGAUAUGUGGGCGAGGUGCAGCUUUCUGUCACUAGUGGUCCCGGAGGGUGCAUCUAUCUAUCUAUCUCACAUCUAAAAGCCGCCACAGAGGGAGGUGUCACUGUCAGUGUCACAGUUAUAGGGUGAUGCGUCGCCAAGAAAACAGCCUAUAAUGCAUAGAGACCUGGUUAUGGGGAAGUAGUAAUGACGCAAUAGGCUAAAAUAACUUAUAUCAAUUAGGCCACAUUAUUACUUAGAAAUAUGUUGCAUGUCUCCCCAAAGCUUGAGAGGACAACAUGCAUUUUGCACAACUUGGUGCGUGGAUCAGAACAGAUGAUGAUGAUCAUGAUAUUGAUGACGAUAAAUUAUGUUAUGCAAUAAGGCCUAUAUCUUACAAGUAGAUACCUAAAACAAUUAUAAUGAAUUAGUUUCCCUUGGUUUUUACUCUGUAGGCUAAUCUACUUGUGUUGUUGUCUCCUUGUGUCUCCACGAGGCGUUGUUAUUAAGCCAACCAUGCAAGUGUUUCUUUACUCAACUGCAUGCUAUGGAAGUCAGCUCCAUGGGAACCGUGGCAGGCGGUGAGAAAACAUUAUUCAGCGUGUGAGAGUCACAAUUAGCACCUUGAUCUUCUGCUGCCGUCUCUCUGUUGUCUCUGUGCUGCUGUGUGUGAGGAGAGGACAGCGAGGGAGAGAGACGCACCCAACGCACUGCCACUGCAGAGGUUGCCGUUUCAAUGCUCGCAGCCCGGCAAGACGUGGGGUCACAUCUGGGUUCAGGGGUGUGUGUGUGUGUGUGUUGGAUAGGCUUAUUUGAUUGAAAUCCGUGCAUAUAUUCUCAGUGAUGCAAUUAAGAUGACCUUCUCUCUUUCCUCCUCUCUCUCUCUCUCUCUCUCUCACCCGCUCUCUCUCUCUCUCUCUCACCCGCUCUCUCUCUCUCUCUCUCCCCCGCGCUCUCUCUCUCUCUCGCUCUCUCUCUCGCUGUCAUUCUCUAAUAUACCUCCCCCUUUCCCUCUCUCUCUUCUCUAAUUCUCUCAUUCCUCCCCUUCCUAUCCUCUUCUCUCCUUCACUCUCCCUCUGCAUUCCUCUCUCACCUCUCCUCUCACCUCCUAUUUUUCCCACUCAUCUCGCUCCUCCCGUCCUCUCUUCUCCUCUCCCUCUCCCUCACCCCCAUCCACCCCCCCAUCUCCCCCACCACCCUCCUCUACUUCACCCCCACCUGUCCCUCUCCCCCUACCACCCUCCUCUCUCUCACCUCCCAUCCACAUGUCACCCCCCCCCCCCCCCCCCCCCCCCAGACUCCCUGCAGCAUGUCCUGGGGGAGUAUGGACUGGUGAGGCCCGUGAGCGUGGACGCAGACGGCCGGUUCUUGACCCACGCUGUGUCAGCCGGCCUGGUGGGGGCGGGGCAGUCCCGUAGGCGCUGGAGGAGAGAGGCUGGAGAGAACAAGGGAGAAGGAGAAAGAGGUGAAGAAAGAGAGGGAAUGUACGAGGAGAAGGACGGAGGGCCCCUACACAGACAGCUUUACUACAAUGUCACUGUCUUCGGCCGGGAGUUCCACCUGCGUCUGCGGCACAACGCGCGACUGGUGGCACCCGGAGCCAAGAUGGAGUGGCACAACGAUGACGACAGCAACGGGACAGCCACGCGCUCCGAGCCCCUGCAGAGAGACUGUUUCUACGUGGGUGAUGUCACAGACACGCCCGGAGCCACCGUAGCCAUCAGCAACUGCGACGGCCUGGUGAGUUUUGGGUUGUUUGGGUUACUGUAGAGUCAAUGCAAUCCACUGAACACAUUAUGACUGCUCUCCAAUGGGACAACUUCCUGUCUCUCAGCACUGUUACAUGCUGUACUGGGGUUAUCCUUCUUCCUGCUCCUCUUUCCUACCCUGUACAGUAUUUCCUGUGUGGUUAUUUUUGCUGAUUGGUGGAGCUUGGUCAAGCUCUGUAGUUUAUGAAACCUAGCUAAUUUGACUGGAUGAGAUGUGAUGUUUCUGUUUUGUAAAUCUGUUUGGGAAUGUGCCAGGACGUUUCUCUAAAGGCGUCUCUCCAUUAAAUGGCCUGUAAAGCAUGUGGAGUGAGGUUAUUAGUUGCCAAUCCUGUCCCCAUCUUUAGAAUGUGUGUGUGUACAUGUGUCAACGACUGCAAGACAGAGAGAGGAGUCAUGUCUGAGUUUCCAUAGGAACGCCCAGUGCAGUUAAUAGACCAAUAAGAAAGAGAGUACCAAACCUCUCUGCCAAUAGCAGCUAGUUUUUAGCAUUACACUCCCCACUCAGACCAUUCCCAGACAGUCCUAGCAAAAUUCUUGCUUGAGAAAUUGCUCUUGCUAAGAAGCUAUUUUUGUUUCUUUAUGACCAUUUUGAUUGAAAACAAUCACAGUAAGGUAAUUAAUUGUUAACCAGAAAUGAUUUGAUAUUGAGAUCAAAAUGGCUGCAUUGGACCUUUAAGAAGGCAAAUUGUAGAAAUAGGUUCAUGACUUUGUGGCUGUGUUAACUAGUAACGACCCCCUUGACUUCUCUCUGGUAACUGCACCAUGUUAGGUAGGUACUGUAUUUCGGAAAAUGAAUCAACUGAACGAUGUGUUUGGAGGGAGCGAGAGAGAGAGAGAGACUGUGAUCAGCUGGUGAGGUCUUGUUGAGGAGAUGCAGGAGACUCCUGUACACUGUUGGCUGGGACGGUGGAAGAGAAUUGGUUUCACUUUGAAAUGAAGUUCAGUAACCUAGCCUCUUGGAAUAUUUUAUGCAUGAGUGUGUGUGUUUAUAAACCUCUGUCCCGCUAAUGGCUUUCCCCCUGGUCUAGCAUACUUGGUCAAAGCUGUUGUUUGAUGAGUGUGUGUGUGUGUGUCAUUCUCUGCUCUCCUCUAUGCAUUAGAGAGCUGUGUAAACUUGAACUGAUUGCCUGAUCCCCACACAUGGACUGUACAUAAAUAUGUAUUGUAUUGUAAACCAUUAAACAUAAUAGCAGGCUUCAUAAAGAUAUACCUCCUCACACAGCCAUACAAACUUCCAUUCCAGAUGGACCAGGCUUGAGAUAAUCAGAGGGUGCAGCCAAAUGAUAGGGUGGCAUUGUGUUGCCGUGGGAACAUAGGGUCAGACAGGUACACAGGUAUGGAUUCAGCCAAUAGGAAAGCCCGGAGAGGUAGAGAGGAAGCACUUGCAGCAUUUGCUAGAACUGGAAGCUGGGGAGGAGAGAGAUUACAUCUAGAAUUGAUUAUCAAUGGGAUCUCUAUGGGGCCCAGACCUUCACUACUCUACAUCUCUAUUGGGCCCAGACCUUCUCUACUGUACAUCUCUAUGGGGCCCAGACCUUCACUACUCUACAUAUCUAUUGGGCUCAGACCUUCUCUACUGUACAUCUCUAUGGGGCCCAGACCUUCUCUACUGUACAUCUCUAUGGGGCCCAGAACUUCACUACUCUACAUCUCUAUUCGAGACAGACCUUCUCUACUGUACAUCUAUAUGGGGCCCAGACCUUCACUACUCUAUAUCACUAUGGGGCCCAGACAUUCUCUACUGUACGUCUCUAUGGGGCCCAGACAUUCUCUACUGUACGUCUCUAUGAGGCCCAGACCUUCUAUACUGUACAUCACUAUGGGGCCCAGACAUUCUCUACUGUACAUCACUAUGGGGCCCAGACCUUCUCUACUGUACAUCUCAGGAGGCAGAACACCUGGCCAGCAGAGACAUGUAUUACACACACACCUGGACACAGCUGGGAAGCUAGCAGCCCACAGCUGGAGCUAGCAGCCGACAUGGUCACACAGCACUCCAGCAUAUGGCAGAUACAUGCAUGGUGAAUACACACUUGAGAACGAGCCAGACAAACCUCACCAGGCAUAGAGAAGUGAUCCGAGAUGUAUGGUGAUCAGAGAGCGUUUCCCUCUCUUUCAUCUGUUCUCUUUCUCUCCCCCCUCUCUCUCCUUUCUAUCUCGAUCUCCCCUCUCUCUCUCCCUAUCCCCCCCUUCUCUCUCCCUAUCCCCCCCUUCUCUCUCCCUCUCUUUCUCUCUCCCUCAGCCACCAGCGGUAGAGACCGGUUGGAUAGCUCUUCUAAUGAAUGCUAUUAAAAGUGCCGAGGGGGAG